GAACAAGGGAAUACCAUUGGUGCCUUCCAUGCUUAAAUGUUUAUGUCGUGCACAUCAUUUUGUGUCCGUUUCAUGUUUUCAUUUCGAAAUUUUAGUGACACAUUUUUUUUAAUUAGUGACAUCACGUCAGUUGCUUAUCCCCAACGCAUUAAGCAAAAAGCACGAGCAGCGAGAUGGAGGAAAAGCAACGAGAAGACGCUCGCAGCGCUGCGAGCCGAGUGGAGCGGCCAUCGCGAGGCGUUGGUCCUGCAGGCGGAGCGUCGGCUGGUGGCAGUGGAUCUGGGCGCAAUAACGUGGUCGUCAAGGUGGGAAUGGUGGGCGAUGCGCAGGUGGGUAAAACGAGCCUCAUGGUCAAAUACGUCGAAGGCAAGUUCGACGAGGACUACAUCCACACUCUGGGCGUCAACUUCAUGGAGAAGACCAUUGCGUUGCGCAAUACGGAGAUUACGUUCAGCAUCUGGGACUUGGGUGGCCACCGCGAGUUCAUCAGCAUGCUGCCGCUCGUGUGCAACGACGCAGUCGCCAUCCUCUUCAUGUUCGACCUGUCCCGGAAGGCCACACUUACAAGUAUCAAGGAGUGGUAUCGCCAAGUGCGCUCCAUCAACAAGAAUGCGUUUCCGUUCCUAGUGGGGAUGAAGUAUGAUCACUUCGCCAACUUUGCCGCGGAAGAGCAGGAAGAUAUCACAAAACAGGCUCGCAAGUUUGCUAAGGCCAUGAAGGCGCCGUUGAUCUUUACGUCGGCCUCGCACUCCAUCAACGUGCAGAAAGUGUUUAAAGUAGUACUCAGCAAGGUGUUCGACCUCAAGUGCACGGUUCCCAUCAUCGACCGCGUCGGCGAUCCCAUCCUCCAGUACUAGUAGCCAUCGCCACACGGUCACUACGAAAAAUUUACCCAAGGAUCUGCUCUUGGUGUCGCUAAAUGUAAAACCAAUGAUUUGCGUCGUGCGGGGUGUUGUAGGCACUGAUACAGUCCUCUGUCACAGAGGCUCUGUACAUUGUAGAAGUUGCAAAAAACAUAAAGUAUCGCGAAAACUUCCAGCGAAAAAAAGAGUAAAAAAAAUUGAAAAAAAAUGGCUUGUUUCAUCGUUG